UCCUCCCAGUCCCAGCUCGCCAUGGCGCAGGCGGAGAGCGAGCGCAUGCGCGUGGUCAUGUUCCCGUGGCUGGCGCACGGCCACAUCAGCCCGUACCUCGAGCUGGCCAAGCGCCUCAUCGCGAGCGCCUCCGACGGCCACCACCACCUCGACGUCGUCGUCCACCUCGUCUCCACGCCGGCCAACCUCGCACCCCUCGCGCGCCACCAGACGGACAGGCUCAGGCUCGUCGAGCUCCACCUGCCGGUGCUCCCUGACCUCCCGCCCGCGCUGCACACCACCAAGGGCCUCCCCGCCCGCCUCAUGCCGGUCCUCAAGCGCGGCGUCCCGGCGGUCCACUUCGCCACCUGCGGCGCCGCCGCCACGGCGUUCUUCAUUCACUGCCUGAAGACGGACCACCGGCCCUCCAGCGCCUUCCCGUUCAAGAGCAUCAGCCUCGGCGGCGUUGACGAGGAUGCCAAGUACACGGCGCUGGUCGCCGUCCGCGAAGACAGCACCGCCCUGGUUCCCGAGCGCGACCGCCUGCCGCUCAGCCUGGAGCGCUCGUCCGGGUUCGUGGCCGUCAAGACCUGCGCUGACAUCGAACGCAAGUACAUGGACUACCUGUCCCAGCUCUUGGGCAAGGAGAUCAUCCCCACCGGCCCGUUGCUCGUCGACUCCGGUGGGUCGGAAGAGCAGCGCGACGGCGGGCGCAUCAUGCGGUGGCUCGACGGCGAGGAGCCGGGCUCUGUGGUGUUCGUCUCCUUCGGCAGCGAGUACUUCAUGUCGGAGCGCCAGAUGGCGCAGAUGGCGCGCGGACUGGAGCUCAGCGGGGUGCCCUUUCUAUGGGCGGUGCGGUUCCCGAACGCAGAGGACGACGCCCGCGGCGCGGCGAGGUCCAUGCCGCCGGGGUUCGCGCCAGCGCGCGGGCUGGUGGUGGAAGGGUGGGCGUCGCAGCGGCGCAUCCUGUCGCACCCUUCCUGCGGCGCGUUCUUGACCCACUGUGGGUGGAGCUCGGUGCUGGAGUCGAUGGCGGAGGGGGUGCCAAUGGUGGCGCUGCCGCUGCACAUCGACCAGCCGCUGAACGCCAACCUCGCGGUGGAGCUGGGCGCGGCGGCCGCGCGCGUGAAGCAGGAGCGGUCCGGGGAGUUCGCGGCGGAGGAAGUGGCGCGGGCGAUGCGCGCGGCUGUGAAGGGGAAGGAAGGGGAGGCGGCGAGGCGCCGUGCGAGGGAGCUGCGGGAGGUGGUGGCGCGGAACAACGGCGACGGCCGGCAGAUCGCGACGCUGCUGCAGAGGAUGGCGCGGCUCUGCGGCAAGGGUCAGGCCGUGCCAAAUUAGUGGACUUUUUUAAGUGGUUUUGGUCGAAAAUGAAAGAAGGAAGUCCAUUUCUCACCCCGAAAUGCGCCUCACGGGACAACCCCCGAACUCUAUUUGGAUACAAUUUUGACCCCAAAUGUGCACUGCCGGUUAAAUCUCUCCCAAAGACCGUGCUUGAGAUGGGUGUAAAAUGGAGCAA